UGACUGCACCUUUAAAAUCCUGGAUGGUGGAUGGGUUUGUCCAAUUAGUGUGGAGGUGGAGCAGCAGGAAACAGACCGGAGAGCGACGGACGCGGGUUUUUUUUUUUUUCAGUUCCCGGACGGAGAAGAGCCGUGAAGUUACUGUAAAGUUUGUAAUCAGCUGUAGAAAGUAGAUGUGACACAGUUAGUGCAGUCCGAUGGUGCUGCAGGAAGAUUUCCUCAUGAUUCAAGUGUCGAUCCCAUCGAUGGAGAGGGAAGUGGAUGAGUCGGGAAAGUCCAGAAAGCUUUUCAGAGUUGAAGUCUUGUUUAAUGAGAGGAAACAUUAUGUGCUCAGAAGAAGCAGUGAGUUCCAGACUCUCCACAGAAAACUCAGGAAGAUCAUCCAGACCCCGGAUUUCCCGAGCAAAAGGAAUCCCCAUCUGAGGACCAAACCUCUGGAGCAGAGGAGGCAGGAGCUGGAGGACUACAUCCAGGAGAUCAUCUAUCAAGAUGAAGACGUGCCACAGGUGCUGCUGGACUUCCUCCAUGUGAAACAUUUCCAUACAGGCCAUAAGAUCAGCAGCAUGGAGUCACUUGAUGAAUUGGACAGUCAGGAUUACAAUUUUCAGUUACCAUAUCAGCGCGUGGUGGGAUUCUUUCAGGAUCCCUAUAUCUCCAAAUGCACAGCAGGUCUCCCAGAUGUUGUUGUGGACGGAGUACUUCAGGGUUUUUACCCCCGGGACGUCCGGGUCAGCUUCACCUCCUCCACACUCCCUGAGCCAGACUCCACCACUUCUGUAGAGGCCUGAACACAGACAGUAGAGUCAAAUACACAAAACUUUGAGUGAAAAAGCCAACUGUACACAACAAGCUGACAUAACAGAACAGUUUCUGUAUGGCUGACCCCGAUGGGAUUGAAACCAUCAUCCAGUCUAUAUUGAUGCAGUACUUUACCUAGUGUGCAAUUUUAGUUUCUCAUAUUUAGACCAACAGUUCAUCAGACUCUCAUAGUGUGUGUCAGUGUUUUAUAGCCAUGAAGAUGUCAAAUUGAUUUUAAUCAGGAUUAUUGACAUUAUGUUGCCAAAGCAAAUGUGAACCCAGUAAAAUACAUACUUAAUGUGUGCCAUUCGUUUUAGUGAUACUGUAGGUAAGUAGAUGUGAAUAUUAUUUUAAAAUAAAGGACUACUGACAAUA